AUGAAUGCCACGAAAAGAAUAUUAUCGACAAGAUGUUUUACUGUAGCGCAUGUAGCUUUGAAGUUUGUGGGGCUUGUGCUUACAAAAAACAUCGUUUACAUGAAGCCAUUUCGUUAUUGGAAAAACAGAUAUCUUUUGCACUUCGUUGCUGAUCCAAUGUUGAAGGAACUUCAACAAGAGUCAAGAAAUGUUAUCAAGACGUACAAGGAUUUGGUUCCUGAACUACACAAGGGGCUUCUUCAGGGCAUUGACAUCUUUGAAACGGAAUUGCUUUCGAAAGAAGAAACUCUCAAGGACGCAUCAACUUUUGCCGAUUUACAGGAGAAACACGAGUCAUUCACAAAAAUUAAGUCCAAGUUGGAGUCAUCUGCUGAGAAUUACUUGCCUCAUUUGCGCCAAUUCGAUGGUGAAGUCAAGCAAUUGAUUCAAACCCUCAACGAGACCCUUGAUGUC